AUGGGCAUCGGACCGUACACUACGGCAAAAUUUGCCGUAACUGGAUACUGUGAUGUUAUCAGACAGGAGAUGCGGCUGUUCGGUGUUUCGGUGCACAUAAUAGAACCAGGAUUCUUCAAAACAACUCUCAUUAGUCCUGAAAACGUAGACAAGCAGCUUAUGUCUAUGUAUGAGAGUUGUCCAGAUGACGCGAAACGUGAGUAUGGCCACCAGUUUUUCAUGGAAAUGCAAGAGAAGAUAUCGUGGAUGCUAGACUUCAUUAGCUCCGAUCGCAUCGACUACGUGAUUGAUGCUUACGUACACGCAUUGACUGCUGUUUACCCAAGGUCGCGGUAUCAGGUCGGGUUCAUCCCGUUGUCUAUGCUUCCGACUGGGAUUGCGGAUCUCAUUAUGCAAGUGGUUACUGUGCUGACCGGUAUUCCAAAUCCGCUAGCUCUACAGAAGAAGAAUGACAAGACAAAGUAA